AUGGAUAAUUCCCCGGCAUCGCGAUUUUCUGUAGAGAGCUUUUCUCCUUCCUCUCCUGGGGUUCAGAACGAAUAUCCAUUCCCAAGACCGGGCUCCUCCGGUGGCAGACUUUAUCCACGGCGCGAGUCAACAGCUAGCUCGAUACACUCGAUAGGGGGAACAUUGGAUACAGUCUCACAAUGGCAUCGAUUGAAUGAAUCCGGGCAGAACGCUAUAUCUACUUUACUCCAACCACCAAUCGUUCGAACUGGUCUCAUUCCCCACACCUCCGCCCCCGCAUCCAGUGCACAUAAACCUCCGACCGCUCGAGAUAUACCCCCGGUAACACUUACAAAUAUACCGCAUGUCGAUCCGUCGGAAUUCAAAUCGUAUUUGGCCCAAGUAGGAGCAACCUAUGAUGCAUUACAAAGAGCAAAAGAGAAUGAGGAAGAGGGGGGGACGCAACUGUUACGCAAAGGCAAUAAGGCGGACGACUUCGCAGAUAUCCUAGACUUCGACGCACGGACACCUAAACCUUCUAGACGGGCAUCUUUGGCUUCUCUUGUAUCGUUGGAGAGUCCCUCGGUAUCGGCCCGGAAAAAGUCUAGUAGUGGGAGAAGAGCUCUACAUGCGCCGACUCCCAUAACUACAGUCCCCAAUGUGUACUUCGAUGAGGAUUUCCACCUGGAAAACCCAAGAACCUUCGAUGUUGUCAGCGAACGCUCAGAGGUCAUCCGGCCAACGUCUGGCUCUCCUGACGAACGUCGGACAAGUAAUGGCUCCGCAGUUAACCCCAGAAAAGCUCUAGCUACGAAUGCCAUUCUUCAGGAGAAAUUAUCGUGGUACAUGGACACUAUCGAGGUGCAUCUAAUAUCCUCAAUAUCUACGGCCUCGACUUCUUUUUUCGCAGCAUUAGGCUCUUUGAGAGAACUUCAUUUCGAAGCAGCAGUUUCCGUAGAGAGGAUCAAAACCUUGAGAAAGGAAUUAGAAGAUUUAGAUGAAGAAAUGGCCGUCGGUGGAUUGAAAAUUGUAAAUCUGCAAAGAAGGAGAGAGAAUUUGAAGCAAUUGAAUGAUGCAGUUCAGCAACUGAAACAAAUAGUAAAUGCUGUUGCGAGCUGUGAAUCAAUGGUGGAGAAUGGUGAUGUGGAACAAGCACUGGAUGCCAUCGAUGCAUUGGAAAAACUUAUCGCAGGCGAGGAGAUGCUGAGCAAACCGGGCCAGCGAAAGUUACAACUCCAAGACCUGAGAGGUGCCACAGCUUUGCAAGGAGUAACGAAUGAUUUAAAUACGUUACGCUUCCGGAUUGGCAAAAGUUUCGAGGCCAAAUUUCUCCAAGCCCUUCUUGGCGAUCUCAGACGACAUGUUGAAACGGUAUCUACCGAAGAUACGCUGCAACGUUGGAGCAAUGCAUCUUCGAGAUCAAGGGGCACUCACAGUCGCGAAACAUCUUCACAGCCGCCCACAUAUCUGACGGUUCCUGACGAAUUUCGUACAGAAUUAUUAUCGAACCUGAGCGGUUUGUAUAGGGCAAAAUAUACUUCGGCUGCAACAUCUGCAUUUAGAGAUGCCGUGUUGCGAGAGGUGCGGAAUAUUAUCCGACGGUUUCUCCCUAGUUCUAAUGAUGACGAUGCCGAUUCUAUGAUGUCGGCGUCUACGGUUGGCGCUGCUAAGCAAAAGAACCAACAAGAAAAAUCAAUAAUAUUAGCUCGCAAUUUACGUUCAUUGGAUCCAGAUGAUGCUGAAGAACUCCUUAAGAAAACCUAUGUUCAAGUUGGCGAGACUCUGAGAAGGCUAGGGACUCAAGUCAAGGUAUUGCUAGACGUCACUAGUACUCUUGGAGAUCCGGACACUCUUGGGGGUGUAAAGUCCCCACCACGAAGUCCUGUUAUAGGAUCACUCAAUGCUAGAAUGAGCCCCAGUUUAAGGGGUAGUUCUGGCAGGGAGUUGCAAGAAGAAAUGCACCAGACGCUGGAUAUGUCUAGUCUCCUGGGACAAGCUGUGGACAUUGCUCAAGAUAAAAUAGUGAAAGUGCUGCGGGUGAGGACAGACCAAAGCACCCAUCUCUCGGUCGAAAGAUUUCUACGAUAUUUCACGCUAAAUCUGCUUUUCGCAAACGAAUGCGAAGCUGUAUCGGGUAGAAGUGGUACAGCCUUAAAAAAUGUAGUCAAUGGUCACAUCAAAGAUUACGUCCAGCAAUUGGGUGAAUCAGAGCGGCAAAGUCUGGCUACAGGAAUGGAAGCAGAUCCUUGGAAUGCCAAAGAUUUCACCGAUGACGAUGAAAAACUCUUGUCUAGAAUACUCUCCGCAAGCACACAAGAUGUCGAAGCCUGGAGCUCCGGCAGCAAAGUGUGGCAGUCUUGUACUGAUUCGCCUCUCGGAACCCAAUCUUACCUCACACCCCCAACAAAUGGUACGCAAAAGAAUGGAACCUCAACACCAAACUCUACCUCUACACCUACACCUAGUAAAAGCCAAACUCGUUCUGCAGUCGUUGAUGACCAAUCAUACAUCCUCCCCAUAUCUGCAAUUCUUUGUCUCCAUGGUCUCGCCUCCCUUCUUCACCUUAAUACUGGCAUUCCAUCCAUGACCUCCGAGAUCGCUACGUCGAUUCUCUCCUACCUCACACUCUUCAAUUCCCGCGCCACCUCCUUUAUAUCUGUUCUCAUUCCAUACAUCCGCGAAUACGUGCGUCGUCAUGCUGGCACCGGCUCCUCUGUCUCCAUUCUUAUGGGUGAAUUUGACAAGAUCCGCCGCGCAUAUCUCGAACAUCAGCAAUUGAUCUACGAUAAAUUCCUCAAUAUUAUGUCCGGAAGAGCAACUGCUCAUAUCAAAAGCAUGAAGGCGAUUAAUUGGGAAGAUGGAAGUAGAGCUGGCUCUAUCAAUGCGUAUAUGGAAACGAUGACGAAAGAGACGCUCACAUUGCAUAAAGUUCUGAACAAGCAUCUCCCAGAUAUGACCGUGAAAAUGAUUAUGGAGCUGGUAUUCAAAAGCUUUCGGGAGCAAUUGGGGAAGGCGUUCGGGGAUGUGGUUCUGGGGAGCGAGGAUUCUAAGGGCCGAAUGCUUCGCGAUGCAGAAUACUUCAAGAUUCGUAUAGGUAGUCUUGAUGGCGCAAAUGAUGCAGGUGAUUAUAUCAUCAAAGUCGUACAGGAUAAGAAUGUUCCGAGGAAUUCCACUUCACCCCCGAUCACACCCCCUCCUGAUAUUACCCCCGUCGAAGGAAAUUAG